GAGCCUGAGAGCCCGCGAGCCAGCGAGCGCCGGCCGCGGCCUCCCCUGCUCGCGGUGACCCCAGCGUCCCGGCCCGCGGCCCCGCUGAUUCCGGGGCCCGCGCCCCCUCCGGGGCAGGGAUGCAUCAUGGCCACGCUGGCUUGCCGGGUGCAGUUCUUGGACGACACGGACCCUUUCAACAGCACCAACUUCCCGGAGCCCAGCCGACCGCCGCUUUUCACGUUCCGCGAGGACCUCGCGCUAGGCACCCAGCUGGCCGGGGUCCACCGGCUGCUGCGGGCGCCACACAAGCUGGAUGACUGCACGCUGCAACUCUCCCACAAUGGCACCUACCUGGACUUGGAGGCUACCCUGGCCGAGCAACGGGACGAGUUAGAAGGCUUCCAGGAUGAUGCUGGGCGGGGCAAGAAGCACAGCAUCAUCCUAAGGACACAGCUGUCCGUGAGGGUCCACGCCUGCAUCGAAAAACUGUACAACUCCACUGGACGAGAUUUAAGAAGGGCCCUUUUCUCCUUGAAGCAGAUAUUUCAGGAUGACAAGGAUUUGGUGCAUGAAUUUGUAGUGGCUGAAGGUCUGACGUGUUUGAUCAAGGUGGGAGCUGAGGCAGAUCAGAACUAUCAGAACUACAUUCUGAGGGCUUUGGGCCAGAUUAUGUUGUAUGUGGAUGGGAUGAAUGGAGUAAUCAACCACAAUGAAACCAUUCAGUGGCUGUACACUCUCAUUGGGUCCAAGUUCCGCCUGGUGGUGAAGACCGCUCUGAAGCUGCUUCUGGUCUUUGUGGAGUACUCAGAGUCCAACGCGCCUCUUCUGAUCCAGGCCGUGUCUGCUGUGGACACAAAAAGGGGAGUCACACCCUGGUCAAAUAUCAUGGAAAUCCUGGAGGAGAAGGAUGGGGUCGACACGGAGUUGCUGGUUUAUGCGAUGACUUUAGUGAACAAGACCUUAUCUGGAUUGCCAGACCAAGACACCUUCUACGAUGUGGUGGACUGCCUGGAGGAGCUGGGCAUUGCGGCCGUGUCCCAGCGGCACUUGAACAAGAAAGGGACUGACUUGGACUUAGUGGAGCAGUUGAACAUUUAUGAGGUGGCGCUGCGGCUGGAGGACGGUGAUGAGACUGCCGAGCCGCCCCCCAGCGGGCGCAGGGACCGGAGGAGGGCCAGUGUGUGUGGCGGUGGUGGUAGUGGUGCAGGGGGUGAGUCCCGGGGCCUGGACCGCAGGCGGAGCCGAAGGCACUCGGUGCAGAGCAUCAAGAGCCCUGUGUCGGCCCCGUCCAGUCCCUGCUCCCCAUCAGCUCCAGGCUUCAAGACCAGUCAAGUGCAAGAUCUCCGUGAAAAGGUUGAGGAGGAGGAGGAGGAAGAAGAGGAGCAGCCAGUCACGGAGCCCAAUUCCGAGGAAGAGGCAGAGGACAAUGCCCUCUGUCAGGGCAAGGACAGCAAUAGCAGCAGCAGCCGUGAGGCCAGCCCUGCCUCAGAGCAGAAGGAUGCUGCUCUGGAGAGCCCAGCCCUCCCCGCUGCCUCCAGCACCACUUCGCAGGGAAAGCAGCUUCCAGGUGGCUCUGCAGCUGGGACCCCCUUGUGCAGAGGGUCCUCAGGGCCAGCUCUGCGGCCCCCUCCCACCCCUGCCUCGGUCCCUCGGCCCUCCUCCACACCUGGCCCCCCGAAAGCGUCACCAACCCUAGAAAAGCUGCCCUACGUGCCCCACAGCCCCUUCCACCUCUUCUCCUAUGACUUUGAGGAUUCGCCCUUGUCCACCAAGGAAAAGGAAGCCGAGUCCCAGCAGGAGAGCAGCUCCUCUGAUUCUCUCCAUCUGAGCUCGUACUCUGCCUCUGAACCUUACAACUUCCGAUCUUUCUCUUCGAAUAGAUACAGCAACUUUAGCAGCAACUCUAACCACUCCCCAAGGCCUGCGUCUGGAGCCAACAUGCCCAGCACCCCCACGUCAUCUGUUUCACCCCCACAGGAGACCAGGCUAGAAAGGUCAUCACCGAGUGGUCUUCUCACGUCAUCCUUUAGGCAGCACCAAGAGUCACUGGCAGCAGAGAGAGAGAGGCGGCGACAGGAGAGGGAAGAAAGGUUGCAGAGAAUAGAAAGGGAGGAAAGAAACAAAUUCAGCCGAGAAUAUUUAGACAAAAGAGAGGAGCAAAGACAAGCAAGAGAAGAAAGAUACAAAUACUUGGAGCAGUUGGCAGCUGAGGCGCAUGAGAAGGAACUGAGAAGCCGGAGUGCGAGCCGGGGCAGAGCUGACCUCUCCUUGGACCUGACCUCACCGGCAGCCCCUGCCUCCUCCGCCCCCCUGAGCCAUAGCCCUCGGUCUCUAGACUCCCAGGAGGCUCUCACGGUAUCAUCCGCCUCCCCAGGAACACCUCAGCCUCCCCAAGUGAGCACCGGGGAUCCUGAGCCCCACCCAGGGGCAGAACCGGAAGCAGAGGCAGAGGUAGGGCACGUGACCCAUGAGGCCAGGGGGGAAGUAGCCCCCGCCCGCACGGGAGCGGAGAGCGAGGUGGAGCAGGCCCUGGAGCGGGACCGGGAAGAGCAAGCCUCCCUGAGCGAGAAGGAGAGGCAGAAUGAAGCGGUGAACGAGAGGGACAACUGCUCAGCCUCCAGCAUCUCAUCCUCCAGCAGCACGUUGGAGAGGGAGGACAAGGAGGACAAGCUCUCCCGGGACAGGGGUACCGGUUUGUGGUCCGCAGGGGUUCAGGAUGCCAGUGUAAAUGAGCAGUGUGGCGACAUCCUCACCAGCAAACGGUUCAUGCUGGACAUGCUGUAUGCCCAUAACAGAAAGCCCGUGGAUGAUGAGGAGAAGGGAGAGGGCGAGACCCGGAGGACCGAGCAGGGGGCGGAGGCAGUAGCCACCCUGGCCAGCAGGAUAUCCACCCUGCAGGCCAACUCUCUGGCCCAGGAUGAGAGCAUCAAGAGGGUGGACGUUGGCUGUCUGGACAAUCGGGGCAGCGUGAAAGCCUUUGCUGAGAAGUUCAACAGUGGGGAUCUAGGGCGAGGGUCCCCCUCCCCGGACACUGAGCUCCAUGACAAGGUUGCAGAGAAGACGUCGGCACAGCCCAAGACGGAAUCGGACUACAUCUGGGACCAGCUCAUGGCCAACCCAAGGGAACUUAGAAUCCAAGACAUGGAUUUCACUGACCUGGGGGAGGAGGAUGACGUCGAUGUCCUGGAUGUAGACCUGGGUCACACGGAGGCCCCAGGGCCGCCUCCCCCACCCCCUCCCACCUUUUUGGGUCUGCCACCCCCGCCCCCUCCACCCCUGCUGGACAGUGUGCCUCCCCCUCCAGUUCCCGGUAAUUUAUUGGCUCCUCCUCCAGUAUUCAAUGCUCCUCAGGGCUUAGGGUGGCCCCAGGUACCCAGGGGUCAGCCAGCAUUCACCAAGAAAAAGAAGACCAUCCGUCUGUUCUGGAAUGAAGUGCGGCCUUUUGAGUGGCCGUGUAAGAACAAUGGCCGCUGCAGAGAAUUCCUGUGGUCAAAACUGGAACCUAUCAAGGUGGACACAUCCAAGCUGGAGCACCUGUUUGAGUCUAAAUCAAAGGAAUUGUCCGUCUCUAAGAAAACUGCUGCAGAUGGAAAAAAGCAGGAGAUCAUCGUCCUGGAUUCCAAGAGGAGCAAUGCUAUUAAUAUUGGUCUGACGGUACUGCCCCCUCCAAGAACGAUUAAGAUAGCCAUUUUGAAUUUUGAUGAAUAUGCCUUAAACAAAGAAGGGAUUGAGAAAAUUCUAACUAUGAUUCCUACCGAAGAAGAGAAGCAGAAAAUCCAGGAAGCACAGCUGGCCAACCCUGAAGUGCCACUGGGCAGCGCAGAGCAGUUCCUCCUCACACUCUCCUCCAUCAGCGAGCUCUCCGCACGGCUCCACCUCUGGGCGUUCAAAAUGGAUUACGAAACUACAGAAAAGGAAGUGGCAGAACCACUUUUGGACCUGAAGGAGGGAAUAGACCAGUUGGAGAACAACAAAACCUUGGGCUUUAUCCUGUCUACUCUCUUAGCCAUUGGGAACUUUCUAAAUGGAACUAAUGCCAAAGCAUUUGAGCUAAGCUACCUCGAAAAGGUUCCAGAAGUCAAAGACACCGUGCACAAGCAGUCACUCCUCCACCACGUGUGCACUAUGGUGGUGGAGAACUUCCCGGACAGCUCCGACCUAUACUCGGAAAUUGGAGCCGUCACCAGGUCAGCCAAGGUUGACUUUGAUCAACUUCAGGAUAAUUUAUGUCAGAUGGAGAGAAGAUGCAAAGCUUCAUGGGAUCACCUCAAAGCAAUUGCAAAACAUGAGAUGAAACCAGUUCUAAAACAACGAAUGUCAGAGUUCUUAAAAGACUGUGCAGAGCGAAUUAUAAUUUUAAAGAUUGUCCAUAGAAGAAUAAUUAACAGGUUCCACUCCUUUCUGCUCUUUAUGGGUCAUCCACCUUAUGCGAUUCGGGAAGUGAACAUAAACAAGUUCUGCAGGAUCAUCAGUGAGUUUGCCCUGGAGUAUCGCACCACCAGGGAGAGGGUUUUGCAGCAGAAACAGAAACGAGCCAACCACAGAGAGAGAAACAAGACCCGAGGGAAGAUGAUCACUGAUACUGAUGAAGAGGAUGAAGUUGAGUCUGGCAAGUUCUCCGGCAGUUCCCCGGCACCCUCGAGCCAGCCACAGGGCCUGAGCUAUGCGGAGGAUGCUGCAGAGCACGAGAACAUGAAGGCGGUGCUGAAAACCUCGUCCCCCGCCGUGGAGGAUGCCACCCCCGUGCUGGGCGUCCGCACCCGCAGCAGAGCGAGCCGAGGAUCCACUAGUUCAUGGACUAUGGGAAUGGAUGACUCGCCUAAUGUCACAGAUGAUGCAGCUGAUGAGAUCAUGGACCGCAUCGUCAAGUCAGCCACCCAAGUGCCCAGUCAGCGAGUGGUGCCGCGGGAGAGGAAGCGCUCCCGGGCCAACCGGAAGUCCCUUCGAAGGACCCUGAAGAGUGGCUUGACUCCGGAAGAGGCCAGGGCCCUGGGCCUGGUGGGCACCUCGGAGUUGCAGCUGUGACCCCUAUGGUGACUGUGUACCUGCACAGGGCAUGAGCUCCUGCUGGAAGGAACCCCUGCAGUGGGAGGUGAGGAGACUCUUAACACCCAAAGGUUCUGAAAGGGGCACCCAUGUCUAGGUGUCACCGGCAUGGCUUGUGUCACCAGCGGUACACUGACAUGGAUCUCAGAGUCUCCUUCACGUACUUUCUUCAUCGUGUCAGCUGUGUUUCUCUUGUUUCCUUGACACCUGAUUUAGUAGUUCCGAAGUGUGACACCUUUUCUGUGCAAGGAAGAGCCCUUUUAAGGAGCCAGUCACUUCUGUCACAAUUAGUAUGGUCAUGAGGCAGUCUGAUUAGGUUCACAGACUGGGUCUCUCCACAACACCAAAAUAUCCAGAUGUAAACUCCAAAGUUGUACACAAAAGAAAGCACAGGUUGUUUAUCAGUUGUGGAUUUUAGAUGUACUAAAUGUUUAUACAAAUUCAUAAAUGUACACCAUGUUUCAAAUAUUAAAUAAAUAGAGUUUAAUGCCA